AAGAUGAAGGGGGAAAUGAAGAAGAAGAUGAGUAUACAGACCGUAGAGCUAGAGCACUUUAUAAGUUUCAAGCAGGAGAUGUUGAUGAAUUAAGUUUUGAAGAAGGAGACAUUUUGAUAAUAAAACAACGAUUAGGUGAUGGAUGGUUAUUAGCGGAAUUAAAUGAUAAAACCGGGCUGGUUCCGGAGAACUAU